AAAAAUUGUGCACGUGGUUUAUGGAUGGUCCCUUAAAUAGAUUACAUUGUGCGGCACCGACAGUACGAUUCUGGAGUUUUUAGGAGUGGAAUUGUUUGCUUGAACCAGUAAUUAAUGGCCCCAAUAAAAGUAGUAUUGGAUGAUUUCUCAAAAAAUCCUUCUUGUCAGCAUGGUCCAACAGUUUUGUUACAACGAACUAUUGGAAAAGGUGAUCUCCAGGAUCAGUUUUACGCUUGUACAGCAUCUCGAGAUGGAAAGUGUUCUUUGGAGGUACAAAAGCCGCCCACAGCUGAAAACAUCAUUUCCAACAGAAGGACUUACAUAAAAAGCUCUAAUCCGGUGGACACCAAGGAGCCAACUCGUCAUCUCGCCCCGUUGAGUUUCGACAGUGAAGAAGCGCAAUAUUUCUUUACAAAUCGUGCGCUAAGCUGUUUUGAGAGCAUUUUCACACAGAUAGGAAUUACCAAAGUACUUUGCAUUGGUGCUCCACGUCUGCACGAGCACUUGCUACAGAAAACGUCAAUUGAUUCGAUGUUGCUCGAUAUUGAUGAUCGGUUUCACGACUUUUACAGCAACAGGCAUUUCAUUCAUUACAAUAUGUUUAAUCACUUCUUUUUUCGUGGAAAAUGUGACGAAGAAAUGUUCGAACGCUAUUUGAAACACGUCGAGCCUUCAAGCAGAAUAUGUAUUUUUACUGAUCCGCCGUUCGGAUGUCGCACCGAGCUGUUGGCAAAUACAAUUCAAACAAUUAAUCAAAAGUACAACCAUAUCAACUCUUUCGUUCAGCAAGUCCUGCCAACGUUCUGGAUUUUUCCAUACUUUAUGGAAACGUACAUCCGACAAGAGAUGCCUUCCAUGGAAAUGGCCGACUACCAGGUCAAUUAUACGAACCACGAAAAGUACCGCGAAGGUAGCAAAGCGAUAAAGAACGGAUCGCCAGUUCGAAUGUUCACAAACGUUCCCUUGGGCAUGAUCAGACUUCCAACCGGGGAAGGGUACAAAUACUGCCAAAAAUGCGACAAAAGUGUUCUUAAAAGCAACUCGCACUGUUCAAUUUGCAAAGCCUGCACCUCAAAAAACGGAGCUCCGUACAAACAUUGCCCGAAAUGUCACAUUUGCGUAAAAACAAAUUAUGUGCAUUGUGGCAAGUGUGGUCGAUGUGCACAAGUUGAGGGACACAACUGCCAGCAGUACAAACGGAUGGUGUCUUGUCGCAUCUGCUUGGGUCGAGGUCACGUGGAAAAAGGUUGCUCAUUCUGGAAGCGCUACGGGAUAUCCCGAAUGUUUCAGGUUGGUUGUGCGGUUUGCGGAGGUAAAGCUCACAUACUGCGAGAUUGUGCGAAAAGAAAAGUACUUACCAAAGAAGUUUACUUUCUUGGAAAGUAUCACAACGAAAUAAAUGAGCCAAUCUAACGGAUGUGCAAUUGUUUGUUGAAUGAAAUAAUAGUAAUAAAAAGGCAUUCUAAAGUUUCAA